UAACCUCAUACCUGAGGGAACCUCAAAAUAGUACUUAGAAUCGUGCAGCAUCGCUGGUGUAGACGGGGAGUGGUUUAACCUAGUGAUUGUUAGUGCUUGGCACUUGGUUCUAUGAACAUCCUUACUGUACCGAAAGAGAUUGUUGUUUCUCUUUCUUCUGACAAAUAUACUUAUUGUAAGUCGCUUUGGAUAAAAGCGUCUGCUGAACGCCCUGAAUGUAAUGUAAAUGUACCUGUGUUCUCAGGGCUACUCCCCGUGUGUUGGGCGGCAUCAGUUCCUGUUUCCUGUGGCUCAAUCUACAAGAGCUUUGCGGGGUGUCUGGUCACCCUGGGGGACAGCAUGGGGGACACGCAGAAGGACUCCAGCACACAGGACAUCGACGCGAUCUGCAGGUCGUGGAAUGCCUUCCAUGUUUGUGCCAGCUCUGCGCUGUCCGGUUGCCCCGGCGACGCAGCAGCUGUCUGGGAGUCACUCCGCCAGGAGUCCAGAAAGACAGAGUUCUCCGGAAACCUUUACGAUCUGUGUGCCAGCCGCACGACCCUGGCACCCAGCACCCUGCCCCCGUCCCAAGGACCACCCACUUCAGAUCAGACCAAUCAGGAGACGCUGAAAGGCCACUGCUCCAAACAGAGGCCGGUUUCCCCUGUUCUCCUGGUGGCCCUUGCCAGCCUGCUGCUGGCACUCAUGGCCUAGCACUGCCUGGGUGAACACGUGACUUUUGGCUGGCCGGUUAUGGGCGGUUCUGUCUGAUUCUGUCUGGUUCUGGCUUGUUCUGGCCGGUUCUGGCCAAUUCUGUCCGGUUCUAUCUGGUUCUGGCCGGUGCUGGCCGGUUUUGUCUGGUUCUGGCUGCUUCUGGCUGGUUCUGUCUGGGUUUGGCCGGUCCGAACAGGUGGACGUGAUGAACACUUGUACAGGACUCAGUGUGGAUGUGUGGACUUUCCUUCAAGGUUAUUCGUGUUAAGUGACUUUUCUUUUACGCUUAACCUUGAAGAUCACACUGAUGAAGAUUCCAAAAAUAAAAUCUAGAACAAUCCAUCGAAUGGCACAUGAUAAUAUUAUGCAUGUAUUUAGUCUGCUUUGAUCAGGUCUGGAUAAUAAAGGGAGGUUUUGACAUUGAUUUGAUUGACAGGUUUUCAGCUCUGUCGGAGAUCCAAUAGUUGUUUUGUUUCUUAACAAAGGACAUCUUACUUUGUGAAGACAGAAUAUAUUUUUUUACUGAAAACAUUCCCCAUCCUGUUAAAAUCAGGGCUUUCCUCAAUAUGUCAAAGUCUGACCUAAACAUAUUCUUCCUUAUAUGUCAAAACCUAUUCUUAAUGAAAUUUUAAAAUGCAAAGCAAGGCAUUCUAUACAUAAUGAUAACAACAGUAUUUUAUUUUUUCAUUGCAUAUGUUCAAUUAUUAACACAUUGAUUUUUGUACAAAAUCUAUGAUUUUGUGCAUAACGUAAGUAAUUAGCACAAUUCCCUCCUUCAAAAACCGCCAAACCUUGUGAUACAAUUUAAAUCUCAUUAUUUGUAUGGGUCAUUAAAGAAUGACUAAAUACGCAGAUGUUUCUAACACUAAGUAAUAAAAUCUCUUUGGAGU